GCAAAACUCAUUCUUCUUUGUUUUUUCUUCUUCUUUUUUGUAUCUUUUCAAUCAUGAACCGUUUCUUUGCGAUCGCGUUCGUGCUCGCGUUCUUUGUCGCCGGCAUCCGCGGCGCUGACGUCGACGAGAAGGACGUCAUUGUCCUCACCGACGACACCUUCAACUCGGUCAUUGCCGAGAACCAGUUCAUCCUCGUCGAGUUCUACGCCCCUUGGUGCGGUCACUGCAAGAGCCUCGUGCCCCACUACGCUGAGGCUGCCACCCGCCUGAAGUCUGCCGGCUCGCCCGUCGCCCUCGCCAAGCUCGAUGCCACUGUUCACUCUGCCUCUGCCUCCAAGUUUGAGGUCCGCGGCUACCCCACCCUCAAGUUCUUCAAGAACGGCAACCCCAUGGACUACACUGGCGGCCGCACUGCCAACGACAUUUUCAACUGGGUCCAGAAGAAGACCGGCCCCACCAUCGCCACCCUCACCGCUGUUGACGAGGUUGAGGCCUUUGUCGCUGCCAACGACCUCGCCGUUGUCGGCUUCUUCAAGGGCGACAACAACGCCGCCAUCGCCCAGCUGAGCACUGUUGCCGACGCCAUGGACGACGCCAAGUUUGCCGUUGUCAACGUUGACGACUCGUCCAUCCAGGGCAAGUUUGCCAUCACCGAGGAGUCUGUCGUUCUCUUCCGCAAGUUCCCCGAGGAGCCCGAGCGCGUCGUCUUUGACGGCCCCUUCGCCUCCCUCCAGAUCCAGGGCUUCAUCAAGGCCAACAGCCUGCCGCUCGCCGUCGAGUUCACCGACCAGAGCGCCCCCAAGAUUUUCGGCGGCGACAUCAAGACCCACGUCCUCAUCUUCCUCAACGGCCUCACCUCCGAGGAGUCCAAGACCACCCUCAGCGGCUUCCGCCAGGCUGCCGCCGAGUUCAAGGGCCGCGCUCUCUUUGUCAUUGUCGACUUUGAGAAGCCCACCUCUGCCCGCAUUGCCGACUACUUUGGCGUCAAGUCCACCCCCGACAUCCGCCUCAUCAAGCUCGGCGAGGAGGUCGAAAAGUACCGCAUGGAGCCCCUCAACCUCGAGGCCGAGUCGUUCAUCUCGUUCGCCACCAGCUACUUUGAGGGCAAGCUCUCCCGCUACCUCAUGUCCGAGGAGCCCCAGCCUUACAGCGGCACUGGCGUCCGCGUCCUCACUGGCCGCGACCACGACGAGCUCGUCCACGACGAGACCAAGAACGUUUUCGUCGAGUACUACGCCCCCUGGUGCGGCCACUGCAAGAAGCUCGUCCCCAUCUGGGACAAGCUCGCUGCCGCCUUCGACAACGUUGACAACGUUGUCAUUGCCAAGAUGGACUCGACUGCCAACGAGGUCGCCUCCGUCCACGUCCAGGGCUUCCCCACCCUCAAGUUCUACCCCGCUGGUGCUGGCCGCCGUGUCGUCGACUACUCUGGUGGUCGCGAGUACGACGAGCUCCACAAGUACGUUGUUGCCAACUCUGUCGAUGCCUCCCUCGGCGAGACUGGUGAUGCCCACGACCACGACCACCACGGUCACUCGCACGACCACGAGCUUUAAAUGAGAAUGGGUAUCCCCCCCCCCGCAACCCUUUUCAUUUUGUUCGUUUCGUUCUCGUUUCGUGCCCUGCUUUCAAAAACCAUGUUCUUGACACGGAGAGAAGCAGUUGUUGGCUGCUCCCCCCUUCUGUCUCUUUUGGUUUUCUUUGCCCCCCCCCCUUUUUUUUUGUGGGGUUUUGUCGCCCCGAAUAAUCUUUUGUUUGUGUUAGCAUCAUUAAAAUUGAUAACCCU